UGAGCGAUUUGAUCUACUUUUACCAAUAUUCUCAUCCGGAAAUCUAUAUAUUUUACAAGUAGCCAGUUUUAAAGUUUUAGAAUUUGAUCAUGGAUUUUGGUAGCAUAACUGAGUUUUUAGCCAACAAAACCAUUUUAGUUACCGGUGCUACCGGGUUCAUUGCUAAGAUUCUAGUGGAGAAGAUUCUUCGGGUUCAGCCAAAUGUGAACAAAUUAUACCUUCUUAUAAGGGCUAGUAAUUCUCAAGCAGCCGAUAUUCGGCUGCAAGACGAGGUAUAUAUGAGGACCACAAAGUUACGAAAAUUGUCGCUUGUAGCUCAUAUUGUUGUACGUACGGUGUUUUGGACGCAGGUGUUAGGGAAGGAGUUAUUCAAAAUUCUAAGAGAAAAAUGGGGAACAAAAUUUGAGUGUUUCAUGUCGGAGAAAAUUAGUGCAGUUGCUGGUGAUACUUCCUACGAGAACUUGGGAAUUACUGGUCAUCGGCUGAAACAAAUGUACAAUGAUAUAGAUAUUGUUAUCAACGUCGCAGCAACCACAAAAUUCGACGAAAGGUAUGAUGUUGCAUUGGGCGUGAAUACCCUAGGACCUAAACAUGUUGUCAACUUUGCUAAGAAUUGUGCUAAUAUAAAGUUGCUUAUCCAUGUAUCAACCGCAUAUGUUUGUGGAGAGAAAACAGGAAUAAUAUCUGAAAAGGCGUAUGGCAUGGGUGAAACUUUGAAUGGCGUGGUUGGUUUGGAUAUUGAUUCAGAGAAGAAGCUUGUUGAUCAAACUUUAAGCAGUCUUAAAGCCAGUGAUGUUCCAGAAAAGGAUAUAAGAAUUAGGAUGAAGAAUUUAGGAGAUCAAAGGGCAAAGUUUUAUGGAUGGCCAAAUACAUACGUAUUUACCAAAGCAAUGGGAGAGAUGCUUGUAGGCAAGCUUAGAGGCAAUUUACCUGUGCUUAUUAUGAGGCCUACCAUCGUGUGCAGUACAUUCAAAGAACCCUUUCCUGGCUGGGUUGAAGGUUGCAGGACAAUUGAUAGUAUUGCUGUUAUGUAUGGAAAAGGAUAUCUAGGUUUGUUCUGCGGUGAUAGUACUUCUGUUUUGGACUUGAUACCGGCUGAUAUGUUUGUGAAUUCGAUUAUUGUGGCUAUGAAGGACCAUAUAAAUCAAUCAAAAUUGACUGUGUACCAAGUUGGGAGUUCGAAAAGAAACCCAAUAUCUUUAGGUGAUGUGCAUGAUAUUCUUUUCCGAUACUUCACUAAAAAUCCUUGGAUCAAUCGUGAAGGUAACACUGUCAAUGUCAGGAAAGGUGUCGUGCUCAGCAAUAUACUCAUAUUUGAAAUCAUUUUCUCCCUAUUGCAUUAUUUCGUUCAAAUGGUCUUAAUUUUGCCUAAUAAAAUGGGUGAUAGCAGCUUCCUACGUACUUUGCGUAACUUUGACAAAAAGCUGAAAAUGGUAACACGGAUAGUAGAGUUGUACAAACCUUACGUAUUCUUUAAGGGCAUUUUUGCAGAUACGAAUACAGAAAAGUUGCUCAUAACUGCCCGGGAAAACGGUUUAGAUGAAAAUGCCUUCAACUUCGACCCCUUAUGCAUCAACUGGAAAGAUUAUUUCUUCAAUAUCCACCUUCCAUCGAUUGUUGACAACUUGUUCUAGUACUUCAUCACAUUUCCCAGGCCUUCAUUUUCUUUUUGUUCAAAUUGAACAAACUUGCAGCAUAAAUGUAUUUUACGUACUCGAUUAAUUUAUAUUUUUAAAUGCUUUUUUCUAUUUUUAUUCCUUAUUUUCUAAAAUAAAUGCAAAAAGUGUGACUUUUAUUCUUAAUGUACAUCCAAGGACGAAAAUUUUAUCUGUACAAGUCAAGAAGAACUAAAUUUGUUGUUAGA